AUGCGUCACUUAUCUCAUCAAGUGACCGUAACGACGGCUUCAACAUCUAGCGUGGAAGGAUCAAUGAUUGUACAUCCGUCAAUUACUUCUACCAGUAGUAGUAAAUUCAUAACAACUACAGAUGAAACUCCACUUGAUUUAACACUUCGGAAAUGCAAUCAAAAAUUCGCGGAAAGAAGAAAUCAAGAAAAUAAGGAUAGUCCAAAGGUGAAAAGGUCAAGGACGGAUGAUACUGGUCAUUUGUUAAAUCGGAGUAUUACUAGUGAUGUUGCUGCUACUGCUGCUGCUUCUCCUACAAUUACGCCAUUUUCAACAAGUAGUAGUCCAUCAGCAUAUUUACUUGGGAAAGAAAUGAAUUGGAUGCUGGAAGAAUCUGCAUCAUCUAAAUGUUUUCCAAAUGGUGGAAAUGCUGCAGCAGUUGCGACAGCAGCAGCUGCAGCUGCUGCUGCCAGUGCUGCAACUACUGGCGUAAAUAACGGUGGUUCUCCGGCGGGUUUUCAACUGGCACGACUAUUGUUAGCACAGCUGCAAGCUCAGCGUAAUGCUUCGUCGAUGUUAUCCUGA